AUGGGAGCAUUUCGCGAGGUGCAAGGGGAGGGUGACCAGCCGCAACUCGAGACAUCCAUCCCCGCGACUAUACUGAGGCUUUCGGAGGCACGCUCUGAUUUGGCAGAAGUGAGUUUUCCGUCCAAGUCCUCCGCCGAAGACUGUCCUGACAUUGUAACCACCGAAUCAAAUGAGACUCAACCGCCACUGGGCUCUGCUUCUGGGCCUUCCCCAUCUCCUACUCCGGUAUUUGCCCUGUCUAUACCUUCACCCAUGCGUUCCAUGAGCACGGUUAGUUGGUCAGAUACAGUUGUAUCACCGAUUCCAAGUGGUGCUUCCGUUGCAGCAAGUGAUGCGGAAAAGCAAGCUGCGCCUUCCGUACACUGCUCCUGUUUCAAAAACGUUCCAAGCGAUUGUGAUUUUGGUGUAUUACGGGAUAUUAUGCUCCCACCAGGUUGUGUCUCGCUACCCCGGACAAGUUUGCUAGUGGAACAAAUCAUUGGAAUGACCCGGCCUCAACCGGACUCGUUGAUGGGAGUUCAGUCACUCACGGAUGAAUUCUCCAGUAGUGGGGACAGUCCGGAGGAGUCUGGAAUGGAAAGGCGCUCGGUAAAGGACAAGGCAGAUCGUGAUUUUGAUGAUUACGUCCGCGUGUAUGAUGGUUUGGCUAGAUACCGCAAAAGACAAUGCCGUUAUCUGAGUUUGGGUCGCAGUGUCUCGGUACAGAAAGUUAUUGAACUCUCCCUAAAGGCAUUCCAAUUGCCUCCAGACGAAGCAAAAGAUUACUGUUUGAUUGAACUAAACGAAAAAGACGGAUCCGAGCAUAGUUUGCACACCGCGGCCUCGUUUAAAUCGCAACUGCAAUAUGAAACUCGUCGACCGCAAAUCAUUCUUCGAUUUCGCGAGCGCCUCGCAGACAAGGAAUAUAUUCAAGUCUACCCGGGAGCUAUAGGGCAAUAUACCGAUAUUGAUCUGUUACCUGUCUCCGUUCCCAUAACUCGGGACACCACGUCGCACGAUGUAAUUAGCUUGGCCCUACGCCGUUUUGGACUUGAAGUAAGCAUCGUUGUGUCUGACACUGUCUUGACAAUCUCCAAAAGGCUUACCGGUCAGUCUUUCAUUGCAUGCCCAUGA